GUACACGGCUGCCAUGCUAGGGGCUUACGUCAGAGCCGUUCUACUCAGGCUCGGUAUGGGCUUGCAGUCCUCUACUGCAAGACAGACCUGAUUUGUGUACGCAAAUCCAGCAUCAGAAACUUCCUUUUGAUAGGGGGAGGGGGGAGUUUUCCUUUUGAUACGCAACGCUGUGCAGAGCCGGGGAAGCUAGGGCACAAGGAAUCGGGAGCAAUCCAAAAUUGGUGCAUAAAUUUAUAGUUCUUUAGUAUCACAUAAUUCAUUGAUGUCCUCAUGAGGGUGCAUUCUUAAAAAUGCACAUGUCAUCUAACAGGACUUUAAGAUCAAGUUCAUAGGCACAGUGACAUCUUCGACCUGUGGGGCACUACUUAGUACAAUUCGGAAAUAUUAACCCGCGAGGCUUCUAGAAGAACCUUGCUCUCGAACUUGAACUCAAACUCAACAAAUGUCAGGAUCAUGAAUCCGGACGACGAUGGGUGGAAGUAUGGCAAUCCUCCGGGGCAGUUGACUUGGGCCGGGUGGGGCAGGCCGAAGGAGGAGCGCACCGCGUUUUUCAUAUCAAAUGCAAAAAUGUCUGGGUCUGGAAGGUGGUAACUUGUGAUGCUGAAUCUGCAUCAUGCUAAAAUCUGUGUUGCAUGAGUGCCAACAGCUGUCCACUUUGGACCAAGUUGGGAGGUUUUUUCUCAUGCAGGAUAGGCAUGUUAGAGAUCUCUCAGAUUUUGUCAUGCUAGGUCCGGCAUUCCAGACCUCAUGGGUCAUGGAAAAUCUGCAUGACAAGUUGCAACCUUCCAGACCCAGACAUUUUUGCACUUGAUAUUCUUUAUCGCAAAAAAACAGUCAUCAAACCGCCCCGUUCGUUCCAAUCGUCCUUCACGCAGUCGUAUGCAAAAACAAUCUGAACCGGAACAAAGCUCUACGUCUACUCCGCCCGCACUGCCGGCCCCGACAAAGAUCCCACCCGCACGGGAGAGCGGCCACGAUGCCCACGACCCCGUCCCAGCGGUGGAAACCCCCCUGCCGGACGCCCACGCUGCGUAAGCAUAUUACUUUGUUUUAUGUAACGACGUGCAGGAUCAAGAACAAAGGGAUGUUAUUUGAAUUAUAGGAUCCUGCGCUGUUUUUUCCUGUGGAUAUCAAGGACGCAGAUUAAAUACUUACGAUGUUAUCAAAAAU